GCUCGAGAGGCGAUGGGGAUGAAAUUGAACGCUGCCGAGGCGCUGGAGGGAAAUGUGGCUGACCCUGCCGCCGCCGCCAUGGUCUCUGUGGGGGCCCCAGCUCAGUAUGUGCUUGGUGUAGACGUGGGCAGCACCGUCAUACGGUGUCAUGUUUACGAUAAAGGGGCCGCGGUCAAAGGCGCCAGCGCCAAACAGGUAGAAGUACUUCAUCCUCAGCCUGGUUGGGUUGAACUGGACCCUGAAAGUCUGUGGACACAGUUUGUUGGAGUGGUAAAAGAGGCAGUUCAAGCUGCAGGAAUUAAAAUGAAUCAGAUUUCUGCACUAGGAGUUGCGACACACCGUGCAACUUUCCUUACGUGGAACAGGGAAACAGGGAAACCGUUUCAUAAUUUCAUAAGCUGGCAAGAUCGGAGGGCGGCUGACCUUGUAAAAUCCUGGAAUAGAUCUUUCUUAAUGAGGGCAGUCCAUGGCGUCUCUUCACUGCUUCACUUUUUCACUCGGAUUGAACUCUUUUUGAUAGCAAGUACACUUACUUUCACAACUCAACAUAUCUCUUUAAGGCUGGCUUGGGUUUUACAACAUGUGCCUGAGGUGGAACAAGCUAUUAAAGAUGAUAAUUGCUGUUUUGGGACAGUUGACACGUGGCUAUUAUAUAAACUCACCAAAGGUGCAGUGUAUGCUACAGAUUAUUCAAAUGCAAGUUCCACAGCAUUUUUUGAUCCAUUUAAGCUGCAGUGGAGUGUGGUUCUUGGCAAGUUAUUUUCCAUUCCAAUAUCAAUUUUUCCUGCAGUAAAGGACACAAGCUGCAUGUUUGGAUUGGUUGAUGCUGAAAUAUUUGGAGAGCCUAUUCCCAUAACAGCUUUGGUGGCAGACCAACAGGCAGCUAUGUUUGGAGAGUGUUGCUUUAAUCCAGGUGAUGUUAAGGUAACCAUGGGGACUGGUUCAUUCUGGGAUAUUAACACUGGAAGCAAAGUUCAUGUUUCGAGGACAGGCUUAUAUCCAUUGGUUGGAUGGAAGAUUGGCAAAGAGCUGAUGUACUUAGCGGAAGGCAAUGCUUCUGAUACUGGGAAUGCUAUAAAAUGGGGCCGUGACUUAGAUCUUUUUACUGAUGCUGGAGAUACAUCCAAAAUAGCAUACAGCCUGGUCAAUUCAGGAGGGGUUUGCUUCGUUCCAUCUUUCAGUGGAUUGCAGAUUCCAGUGAAUGACCCUUGUGCAUGUACUUCCUUUAUGGGGAUCACAUCCUCCACCACCAAAAACCAUCUUGUUCGAGCUAUGCUGGAAUCUAUUGCUUUCAGGAACAAACAGCUAUAUGAAACCAUCUCAAGAGAAGUAGACGUUCCAACUACAUACAUUAGAGCUGAUGGAGGUGUCAGUAAGAAUAAUUUUGUAAUGCAGAUGACUUCUGAUUUAAUUGACAAAAUAAUAGACAAACCUGUAAUUACAGACAUGUCUUGUCUUGGAGCAGCUUUUUUAGCUGGUCUUGCUAUAGGAUUUUGGAGUGACAAAGAAGAACUAAAGAAGCUGAGGCAAACUGAUGUUGUUUUUAAGCCACAGAAGGGGCCAAAGGAAUACGAGCUUGCCAUGAGUAACUGGACAAAAGCUGUUCAACGUUCUCUAUACUGGUACGACCAGAUAUCAUAGUAAUGGUGUAAGUGCAGAAUUCCAGAUUGUCUAUGAAACCAAUGGAUUACUAGGACAAUGAAAUAUACUUGAAUGAAAUCUGCCCUGAGCCCUUCGUGGGGAGGGUGGGAUAGAAAUCUAAAUAAAAACUUAGUUUUACAGUAGCUAAUACUGUACUUUUAUGUACAGUUACUAAUUCUACAUCAGUUAUCGAAAUGGAACAUCUGUGGCCCGAUACUACCAUAUAACAUUGAAAAAGGCUGAAUGCUGGUGUUACUCAUGGUCCCAAGGGAUGCCUUCUUCAAAGAGUAGUUGAUGACUCUUUGGCUAGGGUGAAGAACAGCAAAAAGCAUUUUUUGCUAGUUUGUGAUUUCACCAGCUGUCGUGGUCUCUAAUGGACUUAAGCAGAAACAUAACCUGGUACAAAAUGUUUUCUCAGUGAAAUUAUACCAAUGAGCCAAGUAGCAAUGCGGCCUAUUUUUAAAAUGAUUUUGCUUGCGAUCUGUCAUGGCUGAGAUGAUGCUGAUUGCUGAAUAGUAUUACUAGAAAUCAGUCAGGCAUCUGUACUUAGGAAACAGAAAAGGGUCUUGUUUGUGUAGUAUUGCUCCUAAUGUAUCUCUGUUUUUAAAUUCUAAACUCCUUGCAAAUCUGUAACUUGUGCUUAAGUAGUUAUCAUUGUUGAUUCCAAACUCAAAGCAGGUUGGGAUGGUUCCCCAAUCCCUGACAAACUCCCAAUCUAGUUGUUAAAAAUACGUGCUACCUCACAUAGUUUGUAUGCAAUAGUGCGCAUGCACCAGAUGUUCUCUUUUACCAGCUUUUCUGUUAAAAUACCCAAACUAAUUUUUUUUCAAAUUUUGGGUUGUUUUUUUUUAAGUGUAUAAGGUGCUGCUCAAAGGGAAAUGCAGAAAUGCUUUCCAGGCACUGGGUAGUAUCUUAUGAACCAGGAGUGGAAAACAUCUUUCCCACAUUGCCCAGCAUCCCUCCCCAAACUUCCAUGCUGGGAGUCACAGAUGCCUCAUAGAAAAAAUGUCAUGAGGCAUCAGUGGCCUCAGUGAAGAGAAGUGUUGUGGCCAUCUGUUGGCUAGUGCCAACUCUUGUGAUAUUUUAUGUACUCUAUGGAGGGUUUCUGUUUCUGGAGUGGUAAAGUGGAAAAAAGUCCUUGUCAGUUUUUCACUGUUUUGAAUACGCUUUCUUGAAGGUUGGGAAAAGGGGGUUCACAGUAAUACAGCCUUGCUUGGGGAUGGGAAUCGCCAUCUCUUGUGCUGAAAGGUGUUGCCUCCCAUCCUGUAGGGUCUAGAUAUCAUGCUACAGAGAUACAGUGGCAUUUGUAGGUGAAUCAUUGAGAGGAUAUAUUUUGCAACAUAAUAUUUUAAAAAAUAGCACAUGCAUUUCUUAAUCAUAAUGAUAGCAUGCAAAUACAAUUAGGCAUGAAUAUGAAAUAUUCUGUUGCUCUAAUUGUAGAAUCUGGGGGGUUGGUUAGCAUUUUGAAUGCAGAAUUCUUGAUAAGCCUGCCAUAUGUUACCAUUAAGUGCCUGAAUGGGAAUGGGGCACAAACAGAAUUUUCCAUGACAAAAAUCUGCACUACAGUUUUGUAGUCAAGAUACUAGAAUAUCCAGUGAAUUUUAUUGUAAUGAGUUUUAUUUUUAUAUGGGUCUUUUACAUACUUUUUCCAUAUUCUGGGCAACUGUUCCUGGGUUAACUUGACUUUGUGUACUUGAGAAAGACGGCAAGUGCACAUGUGUGUGCAGAUGCCUUGAAAGUUGGAACAUUGCUAUCUUCUUUGUUGGCCAGUUCCACUUAUUUGACUGUAUUGAGGUCGCAGAAAUGUAACCUAAUAGAUCUCUAAUCCUGUAAUAUAAGAAUUUUAUUGUACUGUUCUAAAUUAAAGAUGGUGAUUAAAAUUGUAACCACUGUACUGUUUUAACCACUGUACUAUCAGCAUUUAAUAACUUCUCAUUUGCAAACACUAAAACUGCAUCAUGUGA